GACACAUAUGAUACUCCUAAAUAGAUACUCUUGAAUGAGAAACCUUCUGGAUUAACACGUAGCUUCUCGCUCUUUCCAUUCCUUUUUUUGUUCCGUUUUCCUUCUCUCUCUCUCUCUCUCUCUCUCUCUCUCUCAUUAACUUGUUCCCCUCCUAUUUAUGCUCCACAGAACCUUCUAGAAUUGCCCAAAAAAAAAACCCACACCCUUCGAUCAACGCUUCUCUCUCUCUCUACAACCCCUGCCAGAUCUGGUUCGACAUCAUCGCCUGCAAACUCAUCUGUAAGGGUGGAAGGCGAUGGCCCCACCUCCGGUAGAGCAGAACGGCGGCGAAUCGGCGGCCGGAGAUGCGUCGAGGACGCUUCCGACGCCGUUUCUGAACAAAACGUACCAGCUCGUCGACGACGUCGCCAUCGACGACAUCAUCUCGUGGAACGACGACGGAUCUACCUUCAUUGUGUGGAAUCCCACCGAGUUCGCCAGAGAUUUGCUACCCAAGUAUUUCAAGCACAACAAUUUCUCGAGCUUCGUGCGUCAAUUGAACACAUACGGAUUUCGGAAGGUCGUCCCUGAUCGAUGGGAAUUCUCUAAUGAAUUCUUCCGAAAGGGUGAAAAACGGCUUCUAUGCGAUAUCCAGCGGAGAAAGGUAGCUACGCCUGCCACUGCCGUGGCAGUGGCUGCUGUGACGGUGGCCGCCGCUCCACCGUUGCCGCAAGGGACGGGUUCUCCGUCGAUUUCCGGCGAUGAACAAGUAAUCUCGUCGAACUCGUCGCCCGUUGCUACGCCCGUGCUUUGUCGACAGACGAGUUCUGGAAGCACGUCCGAGCUUAUCGACGAGAAAGAGAGACUGAGGAAGGAAAAUUCCCAACUCAACAGAGAGUUGAGUCAGAUGAAGAGUUUGUGUAACAACAUCUACGCUUUGAUGUCGAACUACGCGAACAAACCGGCGGAGACCAGUUCGCCGGCCGUGAAGCCGCUCGAUCUCUUGCCGUUAAAGAGGUACUGCGGCGGAGAAACCUCCGCCGACGGCGGUAGCAGCAGCCAGUCAAAAACGGAGGCCGAAACGGAGACGAGUCCGAGGCUGUUCGGCGUCGCGAUUGGUGCGAAACGGAUGAGGGAAGGCGAGGCGGCGGCGGCGGCAGCGGAGGACCGAGAUUUGCAGUUGCAGCUGGGCGGGGCGGAGGUGAAAUCGGAGCCGUUCGAUCACGGGAACGGUGACGAUGAUGAUCAGGAGACGGCGUGGAUUAGGCAGUGCAAUCGGACGAAUCACGGAGGGCGUGCAAUUGAUUAGUUGUGGAUUGUUUUCUAGGUGGGAGGAUGUUAGAAACUCGUAGAAAGGUGUACACACACGUGGACGAGGCACGUGCCGAAGGGGACGCUUUGCUUCGGGAACCUUCUGUGGGGACCCAUUUCAGGAAGUUUCUUCGACUUUGUAGCUUUCCUUGGGUGAAAAUGAUGACUUUCUUUUUUAUUUUACUCCUUUUUCUAGUGUUGUUUAAAUUGUUAGUAGUAGCAUAACACAUGCACCAGCCAAGUAUGACUAUUUAUGGAGUAUUAUAUAUGGAGUGUUGCUUAUAUUGCUAUAUGAUUGUAUCAUAA